AUGGCCAAAAAAUCAAAACCCAGCAGCGGCGGCUCCGCAUCUGCCAGUUCCAGCAAAGUCACAGAUGCCCGCUUCGCCAAUUUCGGAUCCGACCCCCGUUUCCGACUUCCCUCGAAGCGUCAGACCAAAACCAAGAUUGACAAGCGUUUCGCCAGCGUCUUCAAGGAUGAAGAGUUUACAAAAACCGCAAAAGUCGACAGAUACGGCCGCCCAUUAUCGGGCGAGAAGCACAAGAAGGCACUCGAGAAUCUGUACGAGCCUGAGGACGACGAGAGCAGCAGCGACGACAGCGACGCCAGCAAAGAGGGCGAGGACGGCGCAGACAUCGAGGUGGAAGAUGACGAGGUUGUGAAGCGCGAGUUGCGAGCAGCAGACAAGAAGUAUGACCCUGCCCGCGGCGGCGGUUUUGAAUCUUCUUCGGACGAGUCCGACUCGGAUUCUGACGGUGGCGACGAGCCCGAGGUGGAAGAGGAAGAAGCAGGGGGCGCAUCAAUUCAGCGCUUCCAGGACGAGCAAGCAGAUGUGCCGUUGGGUGAGGUCACCAACAGGAUAGCCAUCGUCAACAUCGACUGGGAUCACAUCAAGUCGGUCGACCUAUUCGCUGUAUUCUCCAGCUUCGUACCUAGUGGCGGGAGGAUAGAAAAGGUUUCAAUCUUUCCGAGUGAGUUCGGCAAGGAGCGCAUGGCACAAGAGGAGGUAGAGGGCCCACCUAGGGACAUCUUCAAGAAGCGUACCGAAAACGAGGACGAGGAGGACGAAGAAGACGAAGAUUCGGAAGACGAUGAGAAGAUCAAGCAGGAGCUCCUGCAGGAGGGUGAUGACCAAGAUUUCGACACCGACGCUCUUCGGUCAUACCAAUUGGACCGGCUGCGAUACUACUAUGCCAUCAUGGUCUGUAGCGACAAGCACACUGCCGAGACAAUCUACCGCGAGGUGGACGGCAGAGAAUACCUCGCGUCCUCCAACUUCCUCGACUUAAGAUUUGUACCCGACGACACGACAUUCGACGACCAACCACGAGACGAGUGUACGGGCGUUCCUGCGGGAUACAGGCCAGUCGAGUUCGUAACGGACGCUCUACAGCAUUCGAAGGUCAAGUUGACCUGGGACAUGCAUCCGGAUGAGGUGGCGCGCAAAGACUCGAUCAAGCGAGCUUUUGGUGGAAGUCGCAAUGAGAUUGCCGAGAACGACCUCAAAGCUUAUCUUGCGAGUGACAGCAGCGACGACGAAGAAGAGGAGCCUUUGGCGCAGGUCACUGGUGGAAAUGAACAAGAAGCAGAGCCUAAACUUUCCAAGAAGGAGCUUGCACGUCGGAAGAUGCGAGAGGCUUUGGGCUUCAAGGACGGGGAUGAAGAACCCAAGAGCUCCAAGUCAUCGGGCCCGGUGGGCGAUAUGCAGAUCACAUUUACGCCAGCAUUGUCCGGCAAGCCAAACGCCAAGGAGGAGGAGCAGGAGGUUGAGGAGACCACCAUCGAGAAGUACAAGAGAAAGGAGAGGGAGCGGAAAGAGAUGAAGAGGGAGAAGGCUCGCGCGAAGCGUGAGGGACGCGAUCCAGAAGCUGCCGUGGAAGCUGAGCAGCAGGAGACCGAAGACCUCGGCUUUGAUGACCCCUUUUUCCAGACAGAGGGUGGCGAUGAACCCACAGUGACAAAAUCUUCCAUUCGUAAGGAGGAACGGCGCAAGAAGAGGGAGGCCCGUGAGGCUGAGGAGAAGCAGAAGAUGGAGGAGCGGGCCAACCUGGAGCUUAUCAUGGCCGACGAUACUGGAGAUGCACCUGCGGCGGCCAAGGCAUCAUCCAAGAUGAGCCACUUUGAUAUGAACGAGAUUCUCAAGCAAGAGAAGGCCAGCAAGAAGAAACUCAAGGGCAAGGCGGCUAAGAAACAAGCGGCCAAAGAUGCUGCGGCCGGGGAGAAGAACCUACUACAGAACGACUUUGAGAUGGACGUGGAUGACGACCGUUUCAAGGCUGUGUUUGACGACCAUGAGUUUGCCAUUGAUCCUUCAAACCCCAAGUUCAAGGCGACGACUGGCAUGAAGAAACUCCUAGAGAAGGGCCGGAACAAGAGGAAAGGAGUCGACGAUGAAGGUCAGGAUGACGCAAGUGAGAGGAGUUCCAAAAAAGCCAAGGCUAGCGCAGGUGAGCUGUCAGGGCUCGUGCAGUCUGUCAAAAGAAAAGCAAAGAAGGCCUAG